GAACCGCGAAUUGUUACAACUGGUGAUCCAGUCUGUCAACAUCCGCCCUGAUCCGAAGGCACUCAACUCUCCGGUAUUGUGAACUUUUUCACUGGCCCUAGGUACUACGCAUGCCGGGCGAGUCCCAGAUAUACAAGCUAACCGUUCAGCACUAUCCUGGAUUCAGUGUAAUGUUUCUGCCGCUGGAAUUCACUGCCAGCUCAUGAGCCGCUGCUACUUACAUCAUUGUCAUCUACAUCCCAAGAGUUGAGCUCCCAAUUGUUGUUUUUGAAUUGCACUUCUCUGCAUUGUAUCACCUAUACUUGAAAUGAUGGCAGUGUCGAUGGGGAUCAGUUCUGACUCGCACUUACAGCGUGACUGUUGCAAGAGAAGCCUUGUGAUCAACUAGCGACCAGUAAAAACUCAUCCGAUGGAAUCGGCUUGUAUAUGCUUACCAGAGCGCAACAAGUGACGUGGUUUAACGGCGCAAUGGCGCUCUGCCUUGUCCCAUCUCAGCUAGACACUAAUCAGUCAAGUAACCGCCUCUGGAAGCAUAAUUUCGCAAAUGUGCCUUUCACUUCGAUUACAUCUGGAUACUUUUGUUGUGCACCAUUCGAAUGGGAAUUCCUUGCGUUGUCAAUAUUUGACGGCUUUUAGACUGAAGUCGAUUGGUGUACAUAUUGGGGCUAAAAGUCAUUUCAUCAACUUAUGCUGUUUGUCAACUUCAGCUAGACUGCGCAGUCAAAAUGCACACAUGUGAUUUUUCAUCGUUGAUAUGAGAUUCCCACAUCUUAAAGCAGCUCCAGUAUUGUGAGAAUUGGAUCCUAUGUUGCUGAGGACGCAAAUAUUGCUGUUCCGUCACUUAAACAUUUAUUUCGCCGCAGAUGCGCUGUCGCAGUUUGCGUGGAACCCCAAGGUGGUCAGUCAGACGUAUCCGAAGGGUUUGAAGAAUCUAGCUGGUUCAUGACGUCUUCAUAGAUGGAGACCACAAGCCGACUAGAUCAUUUGUUGUUAAACAUAUCAGAUGUAGUGCGGUCGCGUGGCCAGUUAUCAUCUCGUUUAUUCCAUCGCUUCGUAUUCUUGACGCUUACACCCGACAGUUUAAAUGUUGGCUUCUUCCUCUUGAUUUGUUCUCAUUACUGUUGGUUUGUUAUUUCGGCGACGUCCGUCUCGGCAGCUAGAUCCACCGCACGUCGUUGCAAGCAUUCAUACACAAACUAAAGGGAAUUGGACUGAUUUGCUUAUCUCUUUCGGCGACACGCACCUCCUUUCCGAAGCGAACGCGAUGUUUCCGUUCGUCAGCGAGCUGUGGAUUUGCUCUACGCGAUGUGCGACCGCACCAAUGCUCAAGCGAUUGUCGGUGAGAUGCUAAAUUACCUUGAGGUGGCCGAUUAUUCCAUUCGUGAGGAGAUGGUUCUCAAGGUGGCUAUCUUGGCGGAGAAAUACGCCACGGACUACUCGUGGUAUGUCGAUACUAUCUUGAAUUUGAUUCGGGUUGCGGGUGACUACGUCAGCGAGGAAGUGUGGCACCGGGUCAUUCAAAUCGUAGUGAAUCGCGAGGACAUUCAAGGCUAUGCUGCAAAGACUGCCUUUGAGGCGCUGCAAGCUCCGGCCUGUCAUGAGAACAUGGUCAAGGUUGGCGCUUAUAUUUUGGGAGAAUUUGGCAACCUCAUAGCUGGUGACGCCCGCUCCUCGCCGAAAAUCCAGUUCAAUCUGCUUCACAGCAAAUUCCACCUGUGCACACCUAGCACACGACAGCUUAUGCUCUCAACCUACAUGAAAUUCAUUAAUCUGUUCCCCGAAAUCAAGGCAGAUGUGCAAGAUGUUCUUUUAAAUGACAGCAACUUGCGUAGUUCUAAUGUGGAGAUUCAACAACGUGCCACGGAAUAUUUGGCUCUUUCACGCAUUGCAACUGAUGACGUGCUGGCUACUGUACUAGAAGAAAUGCCACCGUUUCCCGAACGUGAGUCAAGCAUUUUGGCCAAAUUAAAGGCAAAGAAUCCGAACUCUGAUGCUCCUUUAAGCCAAAAAACCGAGACUGCUGGGCGAGUUGACAACGCUGCUACCCCCACGGUCAACUCCUCUCCUUCUGUGAAGGGCGACCUUUCUAAUAUAACCAUACCUCCACCAACAGGAGAAGUGGAUUUAUUAGAUUUAGGCUCUCUCACUCCGCGCCCAGCCCCCACCACUGCGGCUGCCAAGCAGACGGCAUCUACACCAUCCAACAAUUCCCUGUUAGCUGAUUUGUUGGGAAAUGGGUAUGCGAUUUCCGACGGCACUAAUGGCUUCCUAGACGAAGCAUCAAUCACUAACAGACGCGAAUUCAUCGGCCUACUUAGUCGUCCCAGUGGUGUACUGUUUGAGAACAACAUCAUUCAAAUCGGCGUCCGGUCCCAGUCAAACAGACAUCUCAGCCGCCUCACUCUCUUCUACGGCAACAAGUCUGGGAACCCGUUGACACACUUCAACGCACAACUAACAUCCGGCGGUGAGGCACUGGACGAAAUCGGUCCUGACAGAGCCGUAAAUGUUGACUUGCAACCGGGACCUGGAACGGUCGAAUCUGGAGCGCAGGUUCAGCAGGCAAUAAACAUCGAGUGCCACAAACCCUUCUCAAGCAACGUUACCCUCGCUCUUUCGUUUGUUUGCGGUGAUUCGAAACAUCGCUAUGUCCUCCUCCUACCAAUCACUUUGGGAAGGUUCAUUCAGCGUGCUGAAAUGGACCAAGCCACAUACUUCUCUCGUUGGAAGUUACUGUCCCAACCCCAACAAGAAUGUAGUUCCAUAUUCCGAUCGCAGUUUUCCAUGGAUCAGGUUGCAGUGCAGAACAAGCUCCUCGGCUUCGGUAUCAGUGUGUUGAGCGGGAUCGAUCCUAACCCAGUAAAUUACGUGGGUGCUGGUAUCCUUACAAUGAGUUCACAAGAAGUCGGAAUCUUGGUACGCCUGGAACCAAACGUCGACGCACAGAUGUAUCGGCUUACCGUUCGGAGCACGCGAGAUGUGGUCGCGAAGACUGUGUGCCAAUUGUUGCAGCAACAGCUCUAACCAGUGUUCCAUUGAUAUAGCGAAAAACAAUUUGUCCCUUGCGGUGGCCACUGAAAAUUUUGCCGUCGUAGCACUAGUGCGUGCGCACGUGCACUUCCGAUUCAUUCCAUUUGCAUAGCAAUCCUGCACUUGCCUCCGCCCACCGUUGUGAUCUCAACACGAAACAAUUCCUCUGUGUGCUCAGGCGUUGCGAUUUUGUUAUCUCUUUCGAGCACAUCUAUUUCAGGCUGACUUCUCCCCCCUCAUACAUUUCUGCUCAUUUGAUGAUUCACUGGCGCGUCAGUACACUCACUUUCAAUGCACUCUUCUAUCCUCACGUGCAUUUAUCGUUCUGUGCAGAAAGAUAUCUCGUCUGUUGUUAUUCUUUUUGUAAAUCCGACCACCGGUUCUCACUUUGGUCACCCCUUGUGUCCGUCACAUUUGAUUCCUUUCCGAUAGUUACUCCUACCUUACCCCCACAUCAUCAGACAGUUCAUGGUCGAAGGCUUAUAUCCCUCCGCAUUGGGCAGCGCUCCCGCUAUUUCUACGUUAUGAUUAUGUUGCGACUUCACAUACCGUCAAACUACUUCCUGUCUCUUUUGAUCUUCUUCCUUUUCUUAAUCGGCACGUUGUGCUACUUGGCAUUAUGAUAAUUUCUCCCUGUACCUUCGGCCGUUCUAUUUAGCUUUAUUCUGAAAAUGUAGUUAUGUCCUUAUACCAAUCCACUGCGAAACUUUUAUCCUGUUUUCUCCUCUCCACUGGCUUGCCUUCUAUAUGGAUACUACAGUGAUUUGAGAAAAUAUAUAAAAUCGGAGCAUUGUUAAUGUUU